AGGCGACAAAAGAUUGUGUUGCAAAGACAUUGAAAAGAUUAGAGGAAAAGAUUCAUGGCCGCGUCCUGAGUCAUUUGUUAUAUCUUAUGCGAGUUUCAGAAAAGGCUGUCCAAAGACGAGUUGCACUGGCUCUUGCUCAUCUUUGUUCUGUGGAUGAUCAGAGAUUAAUAUUCAUUGAUAACAAUGGUUUGGAGUUGCUGAUUGGGCUUCUUGGCUCUUCUAGCCCAAAGCAGCAACUUGAUGGUGCUGUAGCUUUAUGCAGGUUGGCCAAGAAAGCCAUGACUCUAUCUCCCAUGGAUGAUGCUCCCCUCUCUCCAACACCUCAGGUGUAUUUGGGAGAGCAGUAUGUUAACAAUGCUACACUGUCUGAUGUUACAUUUUUGGUUGAAGGGAAGCGGUUUUAUGCUCACAGAAUCUGCCUACUUGCAUCUUCAGAUGCAUUUCGUGCAAUGUUUGAUGGCGGUUAUAGGGAGAAGGAUGCAAGGGAUAUAGAAAUUCCAAACAUAAGAUGGGAGGUUUUUGAACUAAUGAUGAGAUUCAUCUAUACUGGAUCAGUUGAUGUUACUUUGGACAUUGCUCAAGAGCUCCUUCGAGCAGCUGAUCAAUAUCUCCUAGAAGGACUUAAGAGACUGUGUGAGUAUGCAAUUGCGCAGGAUAUAUCACUUGAGACUGUAUCAAGUAUGUAUGAACUUUCGGAAGCCUUUAAUGCAAUAUCAUUGAGGGACACCUGCAUCGUUUAUAUCCUAGAGCAGUAUGAUAAACUGUGUGCCAGGCCAGGGCACUCUCAUCUGAUUCAACGCAUCAUGCCAGAAAUACGCAACUACUUUACAAAAGCGCUUACGAAGGCUAGCGCCCCUGUUGCUCGGUCGUAGCAUGCCAACCGUUUGCUUCUUGACCUCUAACUGAUGAUUGUGGUGUACAGAAUGCCUUAGACGUUCUUUCUGUUGUCAUUUGUUGAGCUAGGGAAGGAGGUCUCCUCUAUCUGUGUACUGCAUGGCUGAAGGAAAUAAUUGAGAGCAGUCAUAGGCGUCCUUCUCUGAUGAAGCGUAAGUCCAUUUUGUCUGCAUCGUCAAUUUGUCAUAGAUACAAUAGCAAAUAUGACCUUCGCCACCAUUGCUUUUUUCCCCUGCAAUACUGUGAUGGUUAUAUGCAACUCUCUCUCUUUCUCUCUCUCUAUUGAUUUUGCAUUCAGGAAUUACCAUUGUGUUGAUGAUAGGUUAAUGUUUCUCUUAGAGCAAGUAUAUGUAUAUAUCACAAUUAUUCUGCAAGAAAUCGUGCUCUUAGGUUUAGGUAAUUUAUUCCAGGUCCUUGAAUCUGGUCUUCUGAUAGAGAUGUGUGUUGGAAGUUCUUAUUUCGAAUUACAUUAUCUAUUUUACUGGAAUUUACUAAAUUUA